AUGGCAGAAAGAUAUCUCACCAACACCAUCGAAACCAUGCUUUGUAACCAUAUCAGCUACGUUCUUCGCAUACUUCUUCCUACUGCUAUUGUUUUAACACCAAUAGAAAAUAUCAUGGCCAUCACUCCAACUCGCACUAGCAAUGAAUGUUUAGUGACGUUUGAAAACCAGCCUCGAAUUUCGCUGAUGGGUGCGAUUGUGGCAUACUUCCGCGGUGCGCUUUCAAUGAGGAGGCUGUUGAUGGCGAAAGUCAUGUUGGCACAGUCGAUGCCGACGGUUUGGUAUCUACCUAGUAGAGCGGUGUGCUAUUCCGUUGUGGCACGAAUGGAUGAUCCAACGGUGCGCAUAGGCAUUCUUUGGGCAGAACCUAACAAGAGAUAGUGAAGCAGUGCAAUAUUUAUUGAAUUACCCGGCAUAUAUUCUUAAUAUCCAAGUGCCUGUCAGGAUCUUGCCUUGCCUCGUCAUCUGAGCGGUUUCCUGUAACAGUGCCAUGACUUUCCUCCAGUUUGGGAGAGAUACUAUC